AUGGCCGCCGGGGACGCAGGCCGCGCGCCGACGGCAGCGGCCGCGCAAUCGCUGGUGGAGUCCUUCUGCGGCGUGACCUCCGCGACCCCCCAGGAGGCGGCCUUCUACCUCGAGAGCCACAACUGGGCCCUGGAAUCCGCCGUCCGCUCCUACUACGACUCCGCGGACGGCGAACCCGACGCCGGCGCCGCCGAUCCAGUGCCCCCGCCACCAGAUGCACCAGCCGGAGGUGGGGAGGACACCGAGGAUGAGGAUUACGUGGUCGGCGGCGGCGGCGGCGACGAGGACGAGGAUGAUGAGGACUACGUCGAUGGCGACGACGGCGACGAUGAGGACGCCGCGCUCGCCGCUGAGGCCGUGGCGGAAGAGGAGAGGAGGAGGCCUGUGAAGAAGCAGAAGAGAAGCCACGACACGCGGGGUGGGAGCGGUAGCAGAAGCGGCAGCAGGGCCAGGGCGGGUGGUGCGAGUGCGCGGGGGAAUGUGAGGACGCUCUCCGAUCUCGGUGGUGGCAAGGGAACCGCGGGGACCGACGAGAACUCCGAAGACGACGAUGAAUGGGCACCACCGCCCGAGUACUUCACUGGCGGCGAGACAAGUGGAAUGGUUGAUCAAUCAAAACGUAAAAACAACACGGAUGAGGUAUUCAAGCAAGCUAAAAGGAAGGGGGCUAAGCAAGGUCUGUAUGAGGCUCGCCGGCGAUCUAGUUCGAGGAACUUUACUGGGACUGGCAGACUUCUGACAGGUGAAACUAUAGAGUGUGAUGCACCACAGCCACCAGAAGAAAUUGUCCAUAACAUCUACUUCUGGAGGAAUGGCUUCACAGUAAACGAUGGCCCACUUAGAAGUUUCGAUGAUCCAGCAAAUGCAUCCUUUUUAAAGAGCAUCAAGGAUUCUGUCUGCCCAACUGAGCUUGAGCCGGCUGAUGGGAAAUCUAAGGUGAAUGUGAAUCUUGUCCGGAAGGAAGAAGAAUUUACUGAGCCAGUCAAGCGUGCUGCUCCUUUUGAAGGGGAACGAAGAACCCUCAUGGAACCUUCUGAUAAUAAUACUUCCAGUGCUGCUGCUCCCAGUAGUGUCACUGCUCCUCGGGCAAUCACAGUGGACGAUUCUUUGCCAUCAACCUCCCUCCAAAUCAGUUGCGGCCUUGGGGAAUCUCUACAGCUCCUGGAACAGCCCGGCGCAGCUCACCGGGUGGUCUGCCAGCGGCGGCGACCCCUGCGGCGCCGCGUGGACGGGUGUCUCCUGCUCGGGCUCCGCCGUCACCUCAAUCAAGCUUUCUGGUAUGGAGCUGAAUGGUACUCUUGGUUAUCAAUUGUCAAGUCUACAGGCUCUGAAAACAAUGAAUUUGGCAAAAAUAACUUCUCGGGUGAUCUUCCGUACUCUAUAUCCAACUUGGUUUCACUUGAGUACCUCAAUCUCAGCCACAACUCGUUAUUUCAGGAAAUUGGUGAACUAUUUGGAAGCCUCAAUUCACUUUCAGAACUAGACGUAUCUUUCAACAACCUGACGGGGAAUCUUCCUUUCUCAAUGGGCUCUCUGUCAAAACUUUCUAGCCUUUAUAUGCAAAAUAAUCAACUAUCAGGCACAGUUGAUGUCCUCAAGCAACAUAAGCCUUGCAACACUAAAUAUUGCAAACAACAAUUUCAAUGGCAUGAUACCUCAAGGAUUCAGCUCAAUUCCAAAUUUAAUGUAUGCACAAAGUUGGAGGAAACUCAUUUGUCAAUAUGCCUGCCUCCCCCACCACCAACUCUGAAGCCACAUGAUCAGCCAAACGAUCCUCAAGGACCUAUUAGUGCUCCAACUAUCCCAGAGACUCCUAUUGAUCAAGACGACAAGAAGAUGCAAACAGGUCCUCUUAUAGGCAUAGCGGUUGGCUCAAUAGCUGCUGCCUCAUGUGUUCUUUUUUUCGUGUUGGUGUUCUGCCUUCACAAUGCACGAAAAAGAAAUGAUGAUGCAAGCAGUGAACCAAAAGAUAUUGUGGGUUCUCUUGCAGUAAACAUAGAAAGAGCAUCUAAUAGGGAAGUCCUAAACAACAACCAUGAAAAUGCUGUGGUAGCAACUUCAGAUCUCCAACCUGCUGGAAAGAUGACUCGGACAGAGUGCAUGGUACUUGCCGUGAAGAAGAUAGACAGUGCUUCUCUGUCUCUGUAUGAAGAAGAUAAUUUUCUCGAGGUUGUCUCGAACAUUUCUCGGCUCAGACACCCAAACAUUGUGCCCUUUACAGGCUAUUGUGUUGAGCAUGGACAAAGGCUUCUUGUGUACCUGCAUGAGGUGUGCCUGCCACCUGUGGUACAUAGGACCUUCAAGUCAUCUAACAUCCUGCUUGAUGAAGAGUACAGUCCACAUCUGUCUGACUGUGGGCUUGCUGCUCUGUCACCGAAUCCUGAGAGAGAGGUUUCCGCUGAAGUGGUUGGCUCUUUUGGAUAUAGCGCCCCUGAGUUCGCCAUGUCAGGAAUAUACACUGCAAAGAGCGAUGUGUACAGUUUUGGAGUGGUGAUGCUAGAGCUGUUGACAGGCCGUAAACCACUAGACAGCUCCAGGGAGAGGUCAGAACAGUCUCUUGUCAGAUGGGCAACCCCGCAGCUCCACGACAUCGAUCUACUUGCCAAGAUGGUUGAUCCGGCACUGGAUGGGCUGUACCCUGCCAAAUCCCUCUCCCGUUUCGCCGACAUAAUCGCGAUAUGCGUCCAGUCGGAGCCGGAGUUCCGCCCGCCAAUGUCGGAGGUGGUGCAGCAGCUGGUGCGGCUGAUGCAGAGGGCGAACAUCAUACGCCGCCGGCAAUCGGACGAUCUGGGCUACUCGUACAGGGUCCCCGACCGCGAAGCCGACGUCCUCUGA